CAGGUAUAAGAGCGCAAUCACAUGGAGUUAUGUCAACACGACUGAUGCUGCCAGAUAUUUCAUGAUUUAAUAUAACGGAAUGACUUAAACUAUAACCAAUUUAAAUUGGCAAGUAUGUUUACUAUAUAGCUAUAAACAUAUUAACAUUAUGGUAUUCAUAUAGGGUAUAUAUAGUUAUCCCAUGAGGUGUUGCAGUUCUGCAGCUCUAAUCCGUUACUUGAUGCUGCAUUAAACUGAAUCUUCAGCCAAGCAUCAGUUCCGUGACGUCAUGGGCUCUGCUGGUACCGAGGUGGGCUCCUGCUUGAGGACUCUCUCCACCUCACGAGACUCCGCAGAGAUCAUGCACGCGCUGCGCACACUCACGCGCAACCUGGAGGACGGCGAGUUCACGCGCCCUCACUACACUCACGCUAUCCAGGUGCUGCUGAGCGCGCACUGGUUCAGCAGGUGGUGUGAAGAUGAGGAGAUCAAGAAGCUCUGGGAUGAGAUGUUCCUCAAGGGUCCACCGGACCAAACACUGCUGCUUCUGCUGGACACCAUCAGCUCCACAGGAGAGAGUGCGGGUCUGGUGCGAUGUGCGUCUGUACUGGAGAAGUUCCUCUCUGCUGGUCGUCUCCAGGUGUUGUUGUGGUCCAGAUGUGAGGUGGGCGGAGCCUGUUCAGACUCUCCACAGCUAAGAGAGACUGUCAUCGGCCACCUUGCAGCUUUACCCUCCAUUACCUGCAACCAUCUGCAUGCAAACACACCUGACGCCUUCCUUCCACAGCAGUACUACCCACUGCUGGCCGCCAGCAUACUGGACACACUGCAGAAGACAUGCCACGCUCUCAGAGCGGGACAGGACUGCUCUCUUGGGUUUGUGGCUCAAGUGUUGGGAAAAGUGUGUAUCCAGGGAUACAGCUCUCAGAUUUUUGAGACCCUGGCACCCCGGCUCUCAUCCCUGACCUGUGUGGACCCGCUGUGGCAGCGUGUGACGCAGAGACUGCUGGAGAAGGUCCCAGAAAGAUGCACAGAGUGUGUCAUCACGGGACUCAUGCGCAGCCUCAGCGGGGCAGCUGCUGUGUCCAGGCUGAUGGGAAACCUAGUGGUGACCAAUAAGAAAGCUCAGUUUGUUCUCACCCAUAAACUGUUAUUGCAGCAGUACCAGCAUCCAACUCCGUUGUUAAAGUCUGUUCUUGGUUAUUUGGCUCUGAAUUUAGAGCGCAGGACGCUGCUUAAACAGGUCCUUCGGAGUGUGUGUCAGGUGUGGUGUAACAGCAGUGCCGUGAAACACACGUCUGUGGAACAGCAGCUGUACGUCAGUAAAGUUCUACUGCUGUGUGUGGCUUUACUCCACCAUUCUGAAAUACAAGAACUGCGACAUGAGAUGCUGCAGUGCAUGCUGGGAGGUGUCCAGUGCCGCCUGGACAGCAAUAUUGAGCGUAUUCGUCGGAUGGGAAUGGUCGUGGGCGAGUGUCUCAGUCAGAAAUUAGACACACCAGGAUCACAAUUAAAAUUCCAGUAUGAGCCAGAUGAGGAGAUCAGAGAGCUGAAGUCAUUAAUGGAGUCUCCAUCUGUUGAGGAUGAUGAACAACACCAGCCUGAUACCUCCACCAGUCUUCAAGCCGAGUCUAAAGCUGAGGGUUCAGCAGGUCAGUCAGCGGAGUCUGAGGCUGGUCGCGGGAGUGAUUCUGAACUGGACAGCGAUGAUGAUCUGACUCCAUAUGACAUGUCAGCUGAUCAGGAGAAGAAGAAAUCAGCGCCACCCCAUUAUGUCAGAGACUGUCUGGAAGCAUUAAUGUCAUCUGAUGAUGCUGAAAGGGUUGAACUCAGUCUGCAAGUGGCAGAAGCUCUUCUUAGGAAGAAUGUGAAGGCCACACAAGAGGUGAGUGUUCAGUUCAGUAAAGUGUUGCUCCACCUGGAGGACAGAUACAACACACCUCACUUCCACAUGCUCCGGCAGAACGCCAUGGUGGCCCUCACUGUUACAGACGUCAAACCGGUUGUAGAUUAUUGGACGACAGAGUUCUACUCUCUCAACUUCAACUUGAGACAGAGACUGGACAUUCUGGAGGUCCUUGCUCUCUCUGCCCAGGAGCUGUCUGAGCCAAUCACAAAUAAGCACACUGGAGCUCAGCCAAUCAGUGCAGUGACGCCUCAGGAGCAAUGUGAUGACAUCACACACUGGAGGCAGAUUGUAGAAAAACGAAUCCAGAGCAAAACCAGGCGAAUUAGCAAAGGUGGGACUCAAUCCGUUAAAGCUGUUCCCAACCGUUACGCUCCGGUCGCUGGAUUUUUCUUCUUCCCACUGCUCAGGAGCUAUGACAGGCCGCAGGUGACCUUUGACCUUCUGGGGAGUGAUCACCUGGUGCUGGGAAGGCUGCUGCACACACUUGGGCUGCUCAUGCACCUGGCCAUCAAUGCACCGGUUGUGUCUCAGAUGGGCCGAGCUCUGCUGGAUUUUGUUUGGACCGUGCGCUUCCACACUGACCAGAUGGUGCGGAGGGGUGUUAUGUUUGCUGUCUGUUCUGUGUUUCUGAGCAUGCCUGCUGAGAACUUACUCACAGAACUCGGCGAUGACCUGAUGGAGACCAGAGCCUGGCUAGCAGAUGUGGCAGAGAAUGAUUGUGACGCAGACUGCAGGAGUUUGGCGGUACAGAGUUUAAUGCUGCUGGACAAAAACCUCAAAACUCAACUGAAGAUCCCAGAUAUGGAGACCUGAGGAGGGCUGACAAUAUCUCACACUCAUCUGGAGAAUAUUUUAUGAUCCUGACAUGAUGCAUCCCUAAUUACUAUGGCAUUUUUCCUUGGAUUUCAUGCACUGUGUUAUUUUUGUACUAUUAAUGUUUAGUGACUGUAAAAUAAAGAGCUUUUUGGGGACAUUGAAGACUUCUGCUCACAAAACAAAGUUUUUUGUUUUUGUUUUUCAUUUUAUGCUGUGGAAAACUCAUAAUCCCAUGCAUCAUUUUAUGUUUUAGAAAGCAUUUUAGUCUGCAGAUAUACAGCAGGGUCACCAAAUCCGACAAGGCAUUAAUAAAGGUUACCGAAAUCUGUUA